UAAUAACACAAUGAAUUUCACCGGGAAAGUUGCAAUCGUGACUGGUGCUGCCUCGGGGAUGGGAGCAGCAACAGUCAAAGCACUGGCCAGAGAAGGCGCCAAGGUGGCCCUGGUGGAUAAAGACGAAGAAAACCUAAAAAAAGUCGCAACACAAUGCGAACAGCAUGGCAACAAACCUCUAAUCAUCAGAGCAGAUAUUACUAAAGAAGAAGAAGUUAAAGCCAUAGUAAAAGAAACCAUCAACCGAUUUGGUCAGUUAGACAUACUGGUCAAUAAUGCUGGGAUUGGUGGUUUUAUAUCUAUAUUAGACGAAAACCUUAUGGAAAGCUACGACCUCAUUAUGGAUACAAAUCUCCGCUCUAUGGUCCAUUUGACGCACCUUGCUGUGCCUUACCUGAUCAAGACUAGGGGUAACAUCGUCAAUAUUUCAAGUAACGCCGCACUUCGCAUUUUUGAAGGUAUACUUGCGUAUUCAAUUUCGAAAGCAGGUGUAGACCACUUCACGCGCUGCGUAGCUUUAGAUCUCGCUGUUCAUGGUGUUAGAGUAAAUGCUGUAAAUCCUGGACCAACCAAGACUAAUAUAAUGAAAAACGCGGGUUUACCAAACGCUGAUAAAGCUUGGGAGUAUUGGAAAGAUCGCACCGCGUUGAAAAAGGUAGCGGAACCUGAAGAGGUCGCAGAUUUAAUUCUGUUCCUAGCCAGUGAUAAGGCUAGGAGCAUUACUGGGUCUACAUAUGUUUGUGACAACGGUGGCCUUUUGGUGUAAAUUAUAAUU